AUGAACGUCCAUGUCUUGUUUCCAUUAGUUGAAGCACUUUGCUUCAUAGGAAAGGAAACAUAUCACUGCUUGAACUCACAAAGCAAAGAUAGCUCGGGCAUGUGCUCGCGUCCAAAUGGACAAAUGUGCACUGAUAUGGCACGUAAAAGUGUGUUGGACCAAGGAGAAGAUUGA